CUAAUAGAAGGCUCUGUUGAUAACCACUGAGUUCAUUAGCUCCGGUAAUUUGAACAAAAUGGAAGACCACCGUUUUACCAUCGAGGAACAACCACCAAGAUCACAAUUUGAAUCGUCUUUAAUUUUCAAAUACAUCCGACCAUGUAUUGCCGAGAUGUUUGGCACUAUACUCAUAGUCUAUACUGAUAUAUGUCUUGGAUGGGACAAUACUUUUGCACAUGGUUACUUGAUGUUUGCGUUAAUCGCUGCAACUUCUUCUGUCAGCGGUGGUUGUUUUAAUCCAGUAGUAACUCUGGCGCUAACAAUCUUUCGUGGUAUACAACCAGUACUUGCACUGUUGUUUAUUAUAUCUCAAAUUUUGGGAGGAAUAAUUGGCGCAGCUUUAGCCCAAGUAGCGAUGAGCUCUGCGGACUACAAACUAAACUUUGGGGGUGUUCGUACCCUAGGGGGUGCUCAUGCCCUAUACCCUUAUCGCACCCCAAAGACUGAGAUCAGUCCAGGUCAAGGCAUUUUGGCUGAAGCCUUAGCGACCUCCAUUUUGGUACUCGUAGUGUUGAUGGUUUUAUUAGAUGAGAGAAACAAGAGUAAACUCGCUCCUCUCGCCAUUGGUUUGUCAGUUGUAGGCGGAAUUGCAGCAAAUCGGUGGAUUACCGGAGGUUCCAUGAAUCCUGUGCGAAGUUUUGGUGCAGCAGUUGUGAAAAAUUAUUGGAAACAUCAUUAUGUCUACUGGGUUGGUCCGUUUCUUGGUGGCAUGUUAUCAACUUUGAUGUAUGGCUUUGUCUUGGCUUCACCAAACCAACUAUGGCUAGUUUGCAUGAACAAAAUGGAGGAAGACAACCGCUUUAACAUCGAGGAGCAACCGUCCAAGUUGCGAGUUUACUCGACUUUGUUUUUUAAAUUCAUACGGCCAUGUGUAGCCGAGCUGUUUGGUACAACAAUUUUUGUUUUUGCAGAUCUUGGUGGUAUGAACUACAUCAGUAGCACUGCCUUUACACAUGGUCUUAUAUUAUUUGUGUUAAUCGCUGGAACUGCUACCGUCAGUGGUGGUCAUUUUAAUCCGGCAGUAACUCUGGCACUUACAAUCGUUCGUGGUUUACAACCAGUACUUGCACCGUUGUAUAUUUUAUCUCAGCUUUUGGGAGGAAUUAUCGGCGCAGGUUUAGCACGAGCAGCGAUGAGCUCUGAGCAAUAUACAAAAACCUUUGGUGGUGUGCACAUGCUUGGAGCUGAUAUCAAUCCAGGUCAAGGCAUUUUGGCUGAAGCCUUAGCGACCUCCCUCCUGGUGUUUGUCGUGUUGAUGGUCGCAUUUGAUGAGAGAAACAAGAGCGAGUUUGCUCCUCUUGCCAUUGGCUUUACAGUUACAGGCGGAAUUUUGGCAAUUGGGGUCAUUUCAGGAGGUUCCAUGAAUCCUGCACGAAGUUUUGGUCCUGCAGUUGUGAAAAAUUAUUGGAAACAUCACUAUGUCUACUGGGUUGGUCCGUUUCUUGGUAGCAUAUUAUCAACUUUGAUGUAUGGUUUUGUCUUUGCAACACCGAGCCAGCUUUGGCUACCAUUAAGGGAGCCAAUUACAUGAGAUGCUUUUAGAAAAAUGACAAAUAAACCAAGCUGACAAGCUCUCUUUAAUUUUCAUUUCUUCCAAGAUUUUUAAAUUUUUUAUCAUCUUGAGGGUAUAGAGCAAGUGUAGAAAAACAUUUAGACAUCGAAACAUUGGAGAUUGGAUUAGUUUAGAAAUAUAAACCAACAAGAAAUUUUUCUGUAUAAGAUAGUGAUGUUUUAAGUAAGUAAACAACAUACAAAUGCUGAA